GGCUGGACACCUGAGUGCUGGUAGUAGGCGGCCGUCAGCCAGGUCGGCCGGACGGUCAGUCAACAAUCCAUCAACAACAACUUGAACCAUCUUCACCGUCGACCUGAUCCAUCACCUUCUAGUCCUAUCGUAGUAGAAAUAAUCUUACACGGUAGUCUAUGACAGUCCAAAUCAUUCUCGAGCUCUCGUCCCCCUCGCCCGAUUGCAGCCAUCACUGCACUCAUUUCCUAGUAGUACUACACAAUAGAUUUGCGUGUCCUUGUUCUCUCGGGCCCGCCCCGUUGCAGUGCAGUGGCAGUUCGGUCUUCAAAGCCACAUCCACACUGCACUAAACGCUCUAAACCGCCCCCAAAAAGGUGCCUUUUCCUGCCAAUCCUCUCUCAACCUCUUUAUACCGUCUCGUCUACUACCAACACUCCUACUCCCUCUCACCUAUUCAUCAUUUCGCGCCCACCAACCACUCCAUCCUAAUCUGACCCAGACCUACAGAAACCACCUCGCAGCCAUCACCACUCCUACCGCCCUAUCUUUACUUUCCACCAGACGCCGUCCGCCGCAGCCGCCAUGGCUGAAAUCCGUCGCAAGCUUGUCAUCGUCGGAGAUGGUGCCUGCGGAAAGACUUGUUUGUUGAUUGUUUUCUCCAAGGGCACGUUUCCUGAGGUCUACGUCCCAACCGUCUUCGAGAACUACGUCGCCGAUGUCGAAGUCGAUGGAAAACACGUUGAACUCGCCCUAUGGGAUACGGCAGGCCAGGAAGAUUACGACCGCCUUCGACCUCUAUCAUACCCCGACUCCCACGUCAUCUUGAUUUGUUUUGCCAUCGAUUCUCCCGAUUCGCUCGAUAACGUCCAGGAGAAGUGGAUUUCUGAAGUCCUGCACUUCUGCCAAGGUCUCCCCAUCAUCCUCGUCGGGUGCAAAUGCGAUUUGAGACACGACCCAAAGACUAUUGAAGAGCUGGCAAAGACAUCUCAGAAGCCCGUUACACCCGAGCAGGGUGAGGAAGUUCGCAAGAAGAUCGGUGCCUACAAGUAUCUCGAGUGCUCGGCCAAGACCGGCCAGGGUGUUCGCGAAGUAUUCGAGACCGCUACCCGGGCGGCCUUGUUGACGCGCAAGAGUGGAAAGAGCAAGAAAUGCUUGAUUUUGUAAAUCAGGCAAACCUCUUUCUCUUGUUGCAGACAUGGACCAAACACGUUCCCGACUUUUAUACCAGGAUAUCACCGGAGAGGUCAAGAUAUCAGUGACAAAAGAGCUACAAUCUCCCUUGUUCUUGCUUCCAGGCAGGUCCGGUUCGGUGGCUUGAUCGUGCUGCGCUUUGGCACUGACACAUUAGUUUUGUUUCAUUAUCGAGCGAGGAUGGGUUGAUGGUUGUUGAUGCAAUACAGGAAUUGCGCGGAGGCUAUGGAUGGGCAAGCUCGGAUGGUACUACAAGCAUGACGGCGUUCUAACAGUCGAGACAUGUUUCGAGUUGUCAUCGAAUAGGAAAUCCAUUCACGGCGUUUGGCCUCAAUAUCAAGGCUUUUCCAUGAGCUUUUCGUGUCUUUCUGCCUCCUCCCAGAACCUCCGUCUCGACACUAUGGACAAAUCUACAUAUCUGUCCAGUCACAGACUUGAGAAGUACACCUUGGCGGAGACGGUGCAAGUUUGUGUAUUGGAGGCGAAGUGAUGACCAUGGCAUGAGAGCAAUAUCCUGGCAUUAUCCCACACUUCGUCCAAUACUACUUCGCUUGAAGGUGGGCUUCCUGCUGGUGUUGCCAGGAAACAAUCUUAUUGAACCUACUAGGACUAGUUGUUAUCGUAGUAGUCGACACAC